GCUCUAGGGAGGGAAAGUCUAUGGGUACCGCCUCUUCCGCUUCCUCCCGUUCCCCUAGCUUCCGGUUCGCGCGCCGACGACGUUCCGUCUCCGUCAGUGGGAAGCUUCUGUGGCGGCGCGGCCUGGCUGAGGAGCGGGGGGCGGCCGGCCGGGCCUGAUCAUCUUUCCCUGAAGAUGGCGCUCUCCAAGCGGGAGCUGGACGAGCUGAAACCAUGGGUAGAGAAGACAGUGAAACGGGUCCUGGGCUUCUCAGAGCCCACAGUUGUCACCGCUGCACUGAACUGUGUUGGGAAGGGGAUGGACAAGAAGAAAGCGGCAGAUCACCUCAAACCUUUCUUGGACGACUCCACUCUGCGGUUUGUUGACAAGCUCUUUGAAGCCGUUGAAGAGGGCCGAAGCUCCCGACACUCCAAGUCCAACAGUGACCGGAACCGAAAGCGGGAGUUGAAGGAUGUGUUUGGAGAUGACUCUGAAAUUUCAAAGGAGUCCUCGGGCGUCAAGAAACGCCGCAUCCCUCGCUUUGAAGAAGUGGAAGAGGAACCUGAGGUGAUCCCUGGCCCACCCACCGAAAGUCCAGGAAUGCUGACCAAACUGCAGAUCAAGCAAAUGAUGGAAGCAGCAACACGGCAAAUUGAGGAGAGGAAAAAGCAGUUGAGUUUCAUCACCCCUCCUGCACCUCAGCCCAAAUCGCCAGCAGCUACCCAGCCUGAGCGCCUCCCCAUCGGCAACACCAUCCAGCCCUCCCAGGCCGCCACCUUCAUGAACGAUGCCAUCGAGAAGGCGCGGAAGGCAGCUGAGCUGCAGGCCCGGAUCCAGGCCCAGCUGGCCUUGAAACCCGGGCUCAUUGGCAAUGCCAACAUGGUUGGCCUGGCCAACCUGCACGCCAUGGGGAUUGCACCGCCGCCCAGGAAAGUUGAGCUGAAGGACCAGACCAAGCCAACCCCGCUGAUUCUGGAUGAACAAGGCCGCACGGUGGAUGCCACUGGCAAGGAGAUCGAGCUGACGCACCGCAUGCCGACCCUGAAGGCCAACAUCCGGGCCGUGAAGCGGGAGCAGUUCAAGCAGCAGCUCAAGGAGAAGCCCUCCGAAGACAUGGAGUCCAACACUUACUUCGACCCCCGGGUCUUCAUCACCCCAGCCCAGCGGCCAAAGCGGACAUUCAAGUUCCACGAUAAGGGCAAAUUUGAAAAAAUUGCACAGAGGUUGCGGACGAAGGCCCAGUUAGAAAAACUCCAAGCUGAGAUCUCUCAAGCUGCCAAGAAGACCGGAAUUCACACCUCUACCAAACUGGCCCUGAUCACUCCCAAAAAAGAGCUGAAAGAAGGGGACAUCCCUGAGGUGGAGUGGUGGGACUCUUAUAUCAUCCCCAAUGGCUUUGAUGUGAAAGCCGCCGAUUCGUUUAAAAGAGAGGACUACUUCGGCAUCACAAACCUGGUGGAGCACCCGGCCCAGUUAAACCCCCCAGUGGACAGUGACAUGCCAGUGACCCUGGGGGUCUACCUAACCAAGAAAGAGCAGAAAAAACUACGGCGUCAGACCCGACGGGAAGCCCAGAAGGAGCUGCAGGAGAAAGUGAGGCUCGGCCUUAUGCCGCCCCCUGAACCAAAAGUACGGAUCUCGAACCUGAUGCGUGUUCUGGGAACAGAAGCUGUUCAGGACCCAACCAAAGUAGAGGCCCACGUCCGGGCCCAGAUGGCCAAGCGGCAGAAAGCUCAUGAAGAGGCAAACGCAGCACGGAAGCUAACAGUGGAACAGAGGAAAGCAAAGAAGGUGAAAAAGCUGAAAGAAGACAUUUCACAAGGGGUUCAUGUAGCUGUUUAUAGAGUCCGAAAUCUAAGCAACCCAGCAAAGAAAUUCAAAAUUGAAGCCAAUGCCGGCCAGCUUUACCUAACAGGAGUUGUGGUUUUACACAAAGAUGUCAAUGUGGUGGUGGUAGAAGGAGGUCCUAAAGCACAGAAGAAGUUCAAACGGCUGAUGCUACAUCGAAUAAAGUGGGAUGAACAGACAUCCAGUUCGAAGGGAGAUGAUGAUGACGAAUCUGAUGAGGAGUCUGUGAAAAAGUCAAACAAAUGUUCUCUAGUUUGGGAUGGCACAGCAAAAGAACGCAGCUUCGGCGAGAUGAAAUUCAAGCAAUGCCCCACUGAAAACAUGGCACGGGAGCACUUUAAGAAACACGGGGCAGAGCAUUACUGGGACCUGGCUCUGAGCGAAUCGGUGUUGGAAUCCACAGACUGAAAGCGCCUCCAGGCCCCUUUGCCAACACUUUCCACGUUUGGGUUCUGAGAGCAAGAACUUGGCGGGAACCUGGAACUACAGGCCCCCUUCUCCCCCCUUUUCUCCCUUCAAGUUCCUCGCAGUCUGAUGCAUACAAUUAAAAGAAAUAUUUUUCAAAAACCAAGCAAAACAACCCAAGGGUUUUUGGUUUUGGUAUUUUUUGGACUGAAACCAGUCGUGGAGUUGAUGUGUGCUCUUUAGCUUUCCUGUCAUGCUCUCUGGAAAAGAUUCAGCAUUGAGGCUGUCGAAAAGCAGAGAAGGAAGCCACUUUCCCAGUCACACGCCUUGUCUUCCCAAACCCACCGGCCUCCUAAAAGGGACAGCCCUCCCCCUCCCCUUUUUUUGGCUUUUUCUUUUUCCAGUUCGUUAGGUUUGUUUGGACACUAGACAAGUCAGUAAGGCGCCUCCGUGAUGGGAAGAUGAAAAACGAUAGGGGCAGAGGAGCAGUUCGGGAUCGCAGACUCCAGCGGACACGAGGGAGCCAUUCGCAGCAUUGGAAUUGUACAGCGGAUUAGGAGCUGGGGAUUUAGCCCACAUCCUACAUAUACAGAAUAAACUUUUUUUUUUUGUAAAAAGUUGAAAACAAAA